AUGUCGACUAAUGAUGAUAACGUGGAUUUAUUAUCAUUGAAUGAUUAUAAUGAUUUUGAGAAUUCUUCAAAUGCAUCAGAAGAUGAUUCAAUUGAAGUAGCGUCAAAUGUUGAUGAACAAGAAAAUCAAAUUAUUGAUAUGACUACAUAUUUAGAAUUGAAUAGUAGUUCUGACGAUGCAUUAGAAAUGAAUGGUGAUGAUAACUAUAGUUCUGUACUUACUGUUGAUAAUAAACGUUCUUUCUUCGAUGAUAUUAACGAUCAUUGUGAUACACUUGAUGAUGCAUGUUCACAAUUUAAUUCAGAUGCAUCAAAUGAUGAUGAUAAACUUGAAUAUCAUGCAUUAAGGCGCCACGUGCGCGAACAGCAAACGUAA